AUGCCGACGACUGAAUUGGCGAAUGCUCUUCUCAAGGUUCCCUUGGUGGCACAAUUCUUGGGGGUCCCAUUUUACUGCUGUACUGAGAAGCUCGGGUCUCUCCUGGGAACUGCCUUAGGACCGGCGGAGGAAGCAACGAUCCACCGGUCGGUGUCUUCUGGCGGGCUCUUCAUCAGAUGCAAGGUCUCCCUGGAUGUGAACCCGCCUCUCCCUGAUGAAGUUUCUACUUUCCACGAAGAUCCUUCCAAAGGAUGCUUCAAGGUCAAAGUGAAAUUUGAGUCCCUCCCCCAGUUCUGCUUCUUGUGUGGGGUGAUUGGACAUAUGAACAGAUUCUGCCCCAAAAAGGAUGAACUUGCUGUGCAGCCCCCAAGAUAUGGGAAACACCUGGUGGCGAGCGAAUUUGGGCCUCGGGUGCGCGAAGACACGUUGGCGCGCCGACGCAAGCGCUUUGUCUGGACUUUGGCUGGGAAUAGUGCUGGCGCACGAUUGGCGCGGAAUGCUCGCAACAUCAGUUCAGUUCCAGGGCGCGCUACUGCGAUUGCUCGACAGGAAAUCUCUCCUCAGCAGGGGGUGGCUACUCAUCUCCGGCAGCUAUACAAAUCAUCGAUUGCGGGCUCUCCUACUGAGACCCCACAGCAGGCUGGCGACAAGAUGCUCGAACAUGGAGAACCAAAGGCCAUAAGGGUACGACUUGGACCCCAGGAGCAGGUGGUGGUUGCAGAUCAGGACAACAGGGUGGAGGCAGCCGGCCCUAAUCGGCCCCAGGCCGAUCCAUGA